AUGGAUGACCUCGCCAGGGCCGAGUACCCGGCCAUGUUGCCGCAUCUUCAGCCGAACCAGGCUGCGCAGGUCCUCAACGACCGGGUCAAGCGCAUCGGCAAGAUCAACAACGAAAUCGCCGACUGGCUCCAGGAACGCCGUCGCGUCGAGGAACAAUAUGUCGCAGGCCUGCGCAAGCUCGCUCAGUUUAAAGUCCCGCAGUCAGAGCUCGGCGUUUUCCAGACGCCCUGGGCCCGCAUCCUCGGCGCCGUCGAGCGCAUCGCCCAGUCCCAUCACCACUUCGCCGACGGCAUCGAGCGAGACGUCGAGCUACCCCUCCGAGGCUUCCCGCAGCGCAACGACGUCAUGAACAUCAGCACAAUAUCGGCCAAUUUGACCUACCUCGGCAAGGACCUCGAGGACGCCCGCGACAAGGCCGACAAGCUAAGCAAGAAGGCGGCCAAGACGAGCGCCCAAAAGCUUGACACCGCGUCCGCGCGGCUCGAGUCGGCGCAGCAGGAGUGGGAUUCGCAGGCGCCCUUUGUCUUUGAGACGCUCCAGGCCCUCGACGAGUCCCGCGUCAACCAGUUGCGAGACGUCCUUACGCAGUACCAGACGCACGAAUCUGACCAGGCGCACCGGACACAAGCCAUUGCCGGCGAAACGCUCGCCAUCACCAUCGAGAUUGAAACAGAGUCUGAGAUUCGGGGCUUUGUGCAGGGCACCAUUGGCGACCGGCCGCUGGCUCCUACCCGAAGCUCGACACGGCGCUCGUCCGUUGGCGUGCCAGCAAAUCAUGCUUCCCAGGCUCCUGCCACGCCGGCAUCUGUCAGCCGCGAAAAUACCAUGCACAAUAACAACAUCACCCCUACGCCAUCAGUCCCACAGUCUGUGCCCGAGGAGGAUAACUUUGAUCAAUCACCGGCACCCCAAAAAGAAUCCAAGCUUCGACGACUCGGCACGAUCCUCGGUGGACGACGUCGCCAGAGUGUACACGGUGGUUUCGGACAGUUUGGGGCGCAAAAGGCCCCUAAUUUCGGACGUCUUGGGAGUAGCGGCCGUGGCAUCUCGCCCCGGGCCUCGGCGAGCAACCUCAACGAAUCUUCCCGACUGUCCUCCCUCGCCGAAGACGGGCCUGUAUCCCCCAUCCGUCCCAAGACGGGCGGCGACAGGCCCAACGGCCUCGCACACAUGGAUGCCGACGCCGUCCCGCCGCUGCCCAUCUCGACCGGCACCAACGGAUCGCUUGCCGGCCACGCCGAGCCCUCUGCCGAGGGGGCCAAGGAUGCCGAGGGCUUCACCGUUCGCGCGCCCAUGCAUGACCCGAUUAGCGAGGCGCAACGCGAAGCUGCCAGCGAUGAUUCCGAGCAGCCGUUCAAACUGAGCAUCCAGAACCAGCCCAUCUCUGAGGAGGACCCCGCGGAGAAGCAGGCAGCCUUGUCCAGCGUGGCCAACACGCUCAAGCUCAGUUCGACCACUGCGCAGCGCUCGCGCACCGUUCGCGGCCGCCGCGACGUCCGCAACACAAUUUACAACCCAGUGACGGGCGGCCUGCCUGGCGCGCUCUCCGACAGCUCCAUUGCCUCCCUCCCCUCCAUUGCUAAGCCCGUCGCGGCCGCGCCGGCACUGACAUCGGAGUCCAGCACUGCCGGCGUCUCCGACUCCCAGUCCGUCCGCUCCGGCACUUCACUCGGCAAUUUUGCGCACGUCCAGCACCCGGACAUGCACGGCCCCGGCCUUCACUCGUCCAUUAUCGAGACUGUGUCCGCCCAGUUUGAAGACGGCGAGAUUAAGAGCGUGUCCAUUGCCGGCGAGAUUGCCUUUGCUUACCACAGCAGCGACGCCCAUGACAAGACCCACGAAACGAUUCGCAUCAACAAUUUUGCCCGUCUAGAAAAGAUUGGCCCGAAUCGCAUAUUUGUGCAAAACGCCUCGAUUGAGCACCCGGACCAGUUUGCCCUCGACCUCGCUCACAUUCCCAAGACAUCCACCGCCUUUUCCUACCGUGUGUUCGCCGAUGAGGCUAGCAAUCCCCUCGCGCUCCGCGGUUUCGUGCCCUUGCUCCUCAAACCCGCGUGGAAGCCCCAGGGCGACAAGCUUGGCCUGCUCUUGCAGUACCAGCGCAGCCCGGCCUGCACCCUCCCUGGCCCGCUGACACUACACAACGUUGUCGUCGUCGCUACCUAUGACGGCCGCGCCACCGGCGCUCAAACCAAACCCAGCGGCACCCACCUCAAGGACAGGCACCUGGUCUACUGGCGUCUUGGCGACGUGGUUCUCCCGGAAGACCCCGAUACGGCGCAGAGAAUUGUCUGCCGCAUUCUCGGCGCCGACGGCGCCGAGCCCCGGCCCGGUCACGUCGAGGCCCGUUGGGAGUACCUCACAUCCGGAUCGGCCGCCACCGCCUCGGGCAUCUCGGUCGCUCGCCUAGCUGAGGUCAAGGGCAAAGAGGUAGCCACCGCCAGCGACCCCUUUGCCGAUGCCGACACUGCGCCGGACACGCCGCCCCUGCAGAACUGGGUCGACGUGCCCCUGACGCGGAAGCUCGUCAGUGGCAAAUACGAGAGCAAGUGA